AUGUCCUCAUCUCACUCACCCCCCACCUCCCCCUUCGCCCCGACCUCCACAUCCACCCUCCCCUCCAGCAGCUACGCAACCGUCUCCCUCCACAAAUCCGACACCAUCCGCUUCCUCAACUUUCCCCCCUCCCUCGCCGCCGCCCUCGAGCCCGCCAUUAUCACCGCCUGGCCGCCAGGUCUCGACUCAUCGUCGCCCCCUACUGGGGGGGGACUGUCGUUCGAGUACAAGUGCAAGGACCGGCCCUUCGGCUACUUCGGCACCCAGCAGCACGUCGGCGGCAUCCGCCUCAUGCGCGGCGUGCUCGCCGUGCUGUACCGCCACGGUUGGGAGCUGGUCACGUCCGUGCUGUGCAGCAAGCGGUAUACCUCCAAGGACACGCUGUUUUUUCGGAGCCGCGCGCGGGUCGAGGGGGUGGCGGGUGCGGGUGCGCUGCCCCCGGUGGAGUGGCUCGUUGUAGCCCCCAUGCGGACGGACAAGCUGCGCCUGGUGUACGACGCGGAUGGGGAGGAUAGCCAGCAUGACCAUGACCAUCUCGGGUUGUUGGUCGCGGGGGUGAAGAAGACGCUGCAGGAGAUGGGGUGUUUUGAGAAGGGUGAUUGGAGUCAUGAUUCGUUUGAGUUUGAGCUCAAGGGCAAGCCGUGGCGGUCGAGGGGGGAGGCGGCGGGCAACGCGGUGCGCAUUAUGGUGAUGCGGCUGCUGGAGUUGAUAGAGGGGCAUGGGUGGAGGUUAUACGGGACUUUUGUGCAGCGGACGGGGCAAGAUGAGGAUAGGAUCUUGGAUACGUGGUAUUUUGUCCGGGAGAAGGGGAAGAAGGGACAGGUGGUUGAAAUGGAGGCAUCGGUCAGUUCGUGA